GCCUUAACGACGACGGCGAGUUGGGCACUGGUGGCACUGAACGGCAGCAUGCCUUUGUGCAUGUAGCAGUUGGUGGCAAGAAGAUCGUGGUCGUGGCUGCUAAAUUUUGUCACACCGCCGCUAUCACGGACUCUGGCGAGCUCUGGACCUGGGGCUGGAAUGUUGCUGGCCAGCUUGGCAUCGGAGACACUGAGAAUCGCCAUGCCCCAGUCAAGGUGAGCGUGAACGGCCAGAAGAUCGUGGCCGUUGCUGCUGGAGAAAGCCACACUGCUGCAAUCACGGACUCUGGCGAGCUCUGGACCUGGGGCUGGAAUGUUGAUGGCCAGCUCGGCAUUGGAGACACUGAGAUUUAUCGCCAUGCUCCAGUGAAGGUGAGCGUGAACGGCCAGAAGAUCGUGGCCGUUGCUGCUGGAGAUGUUCACACCGCUGCGAUCACGGACUCUGGCGAACUGUGGACCUGGGGCCACAAUGGUGCUGGCCAGCUUGGAAUUGGGGACACCACAGAUCGCCACGCUCCAGUGAAGGUGAGCGUGAACGGGCAGAAGAUCGUGGCUGUGGCUGCUGGAUUUCGGCACACCGCUGCGAUCACGGACUCUGGUGAGCUGUGGAUCUGGGGCGACAAUGGUGAUGGCCAGCUUGGAAUUGGGGACACCACAGAUCGCCAUGCUCCAGUGAAGGUGAGCGUGAACGGCCAGAAGAUCGUGGCCGUCGCCGCUGGAACAUACCACACCGCCGCGGUCACGGACUCUGGCGAGCUGUGGACCUGGGGCUACAAUGGUUAUGGCCAGCUCGGUGUUGAAGCCACCGCGGAUCGCGCUGCUCCGGUCCAGGUGAAUGUGAACGGCCAGAAGAUCGUGGCCGUGGCUGCUGGAUCUUGGCACACCGCUGCGAUCACGGACUCUGGCGAACUGUGGACCUGGGGCGACAAUAAUGCUGGCCAGCUUGGCGCUGGGGACACCAGGGAUCGCCACUUGCCGGUGAAGGCGGCGGCAGUGCCGGCCAGGGUUAGCGAGACUCAUAUUCCACUGUGCUGGUUUCGGGGGCGCCGUGCAUCAAGUUCGUUGGGCGAGGCCUUCCUGGCUGUAAGAUGGGGAUCGAAGAUUCCCGUGCCCCGUGAGUGUGGCGUGAUGCGCAGCCAGCUUGCUGCUUUCCUGCAGAAGUGCCGCGUGCAUGUGGGCGCUUGGGAGGCAACACCAUGCCCCGCGGGCUCUUUCUGUCCGAAGCAGGUCGCACACUGCACAGGUGCGCAGCGGUGCCCGGCGGGUUUCUUUUGCACCUCGCCUGAACAUGUUGCCAUCACAGGGCGUCGUGUGAGAUGUGCGCAAGAAGGCACCGAGGGAGCGGUGGCACCGACACCGUGCAAAGCUGGGGUUUGGUGCCCGGCCGGGAGCACAGGGCCUCCCAUCAACGAAGGCCACUCGGGUGGCGGGGACGACUUCCGUGGUACAGAAGCCCUGGGCAUUUGGCCUGGCGUAGUGAUCGUCUCGGCCCUGUCUGCCAUCUCCUUCAGUGUUUUCGUUGGCUCUUUUUGGUGUAGCAGCCCGGUGACACAGUACGACCAUUGCGGGCGGAGAGUUCUAAAGAUUCGCUCCCCCAACAGCAUCUCCAUCCACGACGUGUCUGUGCACCACUUUGGCCUCCGUGUGGAGGUAUACUUUGGCCGCAGGGCCGCAAAGCCCCGGGUAGUGCAAACGCAACUUCGCUCGUCGUGCGAAACCUUCGAGUUCCGGCAGUCCGAGACGGUGAUGGAGGAUGGCUUCCUCUAUCUGCACUUUGCUGAAACUGUAGAGCGGAAGUACGAGUUCCCGGCUCCGGAUGAUGGAGGGAACUGGGGUCCGGGCGCAAAGGUGCGGUGCCAGCCCCUGCGUCCUUGA